AUGCCCGUGUACAUGCUCCAGUCGGCUGUCAAAUCGAUGAAUGAAAUCAAAAGAAUUGGCGUUGAAGUUCAAAAGCGUGACCAGGAGCAUCUGAUCAUCAUGGUUCUUUUAAUAGCCCUCAUGGUCGUGCCUUUCAUUAGCGAGGCAAUGGGGGGCAUGUUCACCAGCGUUGCCUGGGUAGCGCGGCUGACGCUUCUCAUUGACGAGGCAGGCAACGUGGCAUUGACGGCUUAUGACAUUGUGAAUCAUCCCGCUUCAGCACCAGCUGCCAUCUUAGGAAUGCUCGUUGGACCGAUGGAAUUGCCAUCCAAGGGACACCAAGGUGCAAAAUUUCAUUACCAACACUUGCAGAAGGCGGUAGACGAUAGACUGUCUCAAAGGGGGCCGACCUUUGCUUCUCACAUUGUCAUCUAG